AUGUUGAAGAUAUGGUCUAUGAAACAAAAACAGCAGCAAGAGGCAAAUGCCGAUGCUGCUGCAGGCAUCAAGAAGAAGAAGGUUACGGCCGCACAACUUAGAUUGCAGAAAGACAUUGCUGAAAUGUCGCUGCCCUCUACUAUGCGCACCGAUUUUCCCGACGAAGACGACAUUCUCAACUUCUUUCUCUAUAUCGAACCAGACGAAGGCAUGUACAAGGGUGGAAUUUUCAAAUUCAAAUUCGCUGUUCCGGAAACGUUCCCACACGAACCGCCCAAGGUCAACUGUGAACAGAAGAUCUAUCACCCAAAUAUCGAUGUUGAGGGAAAGAUUUGUUUGAAUAUUCUGAGGGAGGACUGGAAACCAGUGUUGAACUUACAAGCGAUUGUUAUAGGAUUGCAGUUCCUUUUCCUCGAACCAAACGCCUCGGAUCCACUUAAUAAGGAAGCUGCAGAGGAUUUGAGAUCAAACCGAGAGGGAUUCAAGCGGAACGUGAGAUCUGCUAUGGGAGGUGGAUCUGUAAAGAAUGAUUCAUUCGAUAGGGUACUGAAGGUUUGA